GGCAACUCCAAAAGGGUGGGCGGACCGAGGCGGAAAGUUGAACUGAGGUGAGGGGCCGUGCCGGAGGUGAUUGAGAGUCGCGGAGCUUGAGUGAUUCCAUCUCCCUGAACAGCUACGCGUUCCCGGGAACGGAGACCCGGAUCCGCUUGGCUUGGUGUCCAACCCCUCCGGGAGUUACCCUGUGUAUCGGGGAGGGGCACGACAACAGAGAGGCGAGGUCCGCGCUCCGAACCUGGGCCGCCGCCAUUUUCGGCGUACUGGGAGGUGCUUCCUUAUUAUUACUUUCUUCCGAUCUAAGUUGAGUGGAACUGCAGAUGGAGCAGGCCGACAGUGUUAUUGUAAUAAGUGACACCGAAGGAGACAACGAUGGUGAAAGUUCAGUGUUCAUAAUAGAAAAUUCUCCAGUUUUGGAUACAACCAAAGAUAAAAACAGCGAAAUAGUUGAUGAAGAAUGUGGGCUUGCCAUUACUUACAGCAAAAAGGGCAAUGUUAUGCCGCAUGCAAGAUAUGACUGCGUGGAACAAGAUUUUACGCGAACAGAAAAUGAGGUAUCAGGGCCUACUGGCAACAAUUUAAAUUUCUGUGAACAGUGCUAUUGUUACAUCUGUGAUAAACUUGCUUCUGAGUGCCAAUACUGGAACAUUCCUUCAGCUUGUCAUUGCAAUGCUCACAAUAAGAGUAAAUACUGGAAAGCCCAUCGGGAUGUUGCACUGACAGGUGCACUCUCAAUAUUCAAUUUUAAUCUGGUUGACAUUGACUCAGAGCUUCGACAUGGAGGUGCUUUGUUGCAAAAGUUUUGUUUAGAGCUUGCUUUGGAAUAUAAUAAAUAUUUGAUGGGAAUAACAACCUCAAGGAGCUCCUUGAUUCCAUGCAUUUGUACUUGUCACAGUCAAUUGAAAAUGUUUUGUGAAAUAUGCCGGGUGAACCACGUGGAAAUCCGACUCUACAGUUACACACCGGUGUUUAAUAUGGUGCACAACUUUCUGAAUCAGGCAGAGAAGGAGAAGCCAAAAGCAGCUGCCAUUAUGAUGAUCGGUGUGGCAAAAGAAAUUCUUCUUCAUAAACAGCAUCCACAGGAAGUUUUCAAUAAAAAUGAUCAAACCUCGACUCCUAGCCAGGCUGUACCAAUAUUUAUGCACAGAAUCACCAGUGCGCUGCAGAGAAUGCUUGUAUUGAGUGAUUUCCCUCCUUAUUUAUUUAACAAGUUGAAAACCUUCUAUAAAGCUCUUGCACUUCCUUCUUAUUGCUAUAUCUUUACUAAUUGUCUCAAUGUGCUGUCAUGGGAGGAUCCAUUUCUGACUUCUAUCCUCAGAGGUCAAAAUAUCACUGGGCAACGACAAAAGAAAGGGAAAAAAGAAACAUUAUGGGAGGACUUCCCCGUUGUGCAUGCGCGUGUGGAAAGGAUGGAAGCAAGAGAAGAGUACAGAGAAUUGGUCCGAUACCUACGAGUGAUAAAAUGCAAUGAUACAAUAAAGCUGCGAGCUCUACAAGAUAAAGUUCCAUUCUACUUUUGCAAGUAUGGCGAUUUUAACUCAGCUGCACAAUCAUUUCAUCUAAAUACCAGUCUUUCAUGCUGCAUAGCCUGCCGUUUAACACCUUACCAGUACAAGAUCUACUUAAAAAUUCUCAGGACUGGAACUGUUCCUGCUGGUUGUGAACUUUCAGAUGAACAACGAUGGGUAUUUGUUGAAGGUGGUAAUUUGAUAAAGACUUGUUUACUGCUAAAAUGUUCACUCAGGAUAUUAUUUGUCAAUGAAGUUCUCUACAGAGACGUUUAUUGCUGGAGCAGACUGAUUCAAAUUCACUGCAAUGAUUUUACAAUGGAAAGUGACAUGCCACAAGUGCCACCACCUGAAUUUGUGAAAAACAUUGCUGUUCUUGCUGCAUCAGUUCUUGAAGAUCUGAAGAAUGGAAUAGUGGGCUUGCCAAAGCCAUUUUCCUCAGCGCUCUGUUGGGAAUCUGCAUUGAUUCUGGUAACAGUGGCUGCUGUGCAGAUGUUGCAUAAGAAUAUCUCUAUGAUGAAAAUUGUUCUGCCAUUAAUUGUGGCUUAUGGGAAGAAUUUCUGGGCUCUGAAACUCUUGUUCGACAGCCUAAGCACGAAAGAGGACAUUUUGCAUCAUUUCUGUGCCAUUCUGAGCAACAAUAUUUAUGUACACAGAAGCAUGAUGAUUGACGUGGUUAAAUGUCAUGAUGCCAACUAUGUCUCUGACCUUGUGACCCUCUUUCUGUCCUUUAAACAAACUACUAUCCAAUCUCUGAGCAUUCCUGUGCUUAAUGUUCUUGUGGAGGCAUGGCAUGAAUUCAAAACAAUGGAAUGUCUAUGGAUACAAUCUCUUCACAGUUUUCUACAGGAUAAGGUUGUUCCAGCCAUGGAAAUGGUGAAUACUGCACAAUUUAUUGAAUUACGAAAUAAACUAAACAGGAUACUUUGAAUAUAAGUAUGUCCUGGAAACUAUUCAAGUAAUAAACAAUGGGUUACCAUGGAAAUGCACCUUUUUAUACUAUAAAUGAAAAUUCCUCCAAUGUCGUUACAUAUUUACAUAUUGUGAUGAUUUUUACAGUUAAUCUGCAUCAUCAUAUAACCAUGGAAACAUGGCAUAAAUAGAAAACCUACAAUUUUUACAAAUGAACCACUUUUGAUAUUUUUCAUGUUCAUAACAUAGAAAUAAUAAUAGUGUUCUAUUAAAAAACUGUUUUAAGAUAUCGGCAUCAAGGGUUUCUAUAAGCAAAGCUAAUUUAUCCCUAUUUUGUUUAGUUGCCAUGUUUACAUUGUGCUCCAGAAGUCAAUAGUGUUUGGCAGGAGGUGAUGGGGAAUAAUCAAGGUGUAAUUUAUUAAGAUGAUGGUGUAGGGAGAGGAAGUAGAAUCCAGAGACUGUCUUAUAAAUAUAUUUAUUUUUGAUUUCUAGAGAAGAGACCAUAGAAAGAACAGUGCAAGUGUAAGUUUGUAUCUCAAACGAAGGGAAAAAUAAAUCUGCUAUCCUUAAAAUAGAAAUUAACAUUGUAGUUUAACAAAGACUACCUUUCUACUUUUGCUUAUUUGUGUAAUUUUUGUUUCUUAUUCUUGUGAGGGUUAGUUGCACAAAAUGCAGCUGUCCUUGUACCACUCUCCAUCACAAAUGAGAUUUUUUUUAAAAAAAGAUGGCAAACUCAAUCUCCAAGUAAUAAUUAAUAAGUCAGACUCAAAAUGCACGUUACUUACCAAAAGCGCCAUUGAUGCCAGAUGGAAUUGCAUAAGUGCUCAAUAGAAUAGACUCCUAAUUGUCCCAAUUAAAAAGAAUUAAGUGUUGCUGUUAUACAGACCUGUACUUGAAGGAUUGUCUCCAAAUACAUUUCUGACACUGUAGAAAACAAAAUCUUUGUUAAUGACAAAGUAAAUCAAACUUGGGUAAAACUUAAUGGAUAUUCUUAAUUAUUGAUGUUCGGCUAUGCCCAGCUCUUUUUCUGAUCUAAAACAACUCUUAAUCCAAUCCCAACUCUUAAGUACAGUAAGAGUGCAAUAAGAGUGUUCUCUUAUUGGAGAUAUUUAAUAAUGGCCACUGCCUACUCUAGAGUAAACAUCAGAUAAUUGGGGGUUAUUAGUGACCUGCCAUGUUAUAUCCCUUAAACAGUAUCAGCAAAACAGGUUAUCUGCUUAUUAAUUCAUUGAUGUUUGUGUGAACUUGCUGUCCUUAAAUUGAUUGCCAUAUUGUCUUCGUUACAACAAAAGUUAUACAACAAAACAUUACUAAUUGUAAAAUUAUUUUGGCACAUCAUAAUUGAUGUGAAAGUCCUGUAUAAAUCCAAGCCUUAUUUAUUCAACAUCUUUUGUUUCAUUGUGUUUGACAUUUUGUUGUGUGGAAAUAACAAAUUAUUGUGGUAGAUUUGUUAUUUCUUUAGAUGAAAGUAAAUGUUCAUUAAAUAAAUUUGUACUUGCUGGAAUUAUAAUACAGAAUUCUCUAGUAAUUAAAAUAUUUUUAUGCUACAAAUUCAAGUUUAAUUAUCAUUCAGCUGAACAAUACAGCAUUCCUUUGGGGCCAAGGUGCCAAUCAUAGUCACACAAAAAAAAACAUAUACAUAGCCCAAGUACCUGAGGGACAUGUCCCACAGAUUGAUGGUGCAGUUCCCAGUGGUGCACUAACAAACGCACGAAAUCCAGACUGUCAUUCCAGCGACCGAGCACCUGGAGGGCAGCACCAAUGCAAGAAGCCAGCCUCCAACCAAGUGUGGACGCCACGCUACACAGCCUCUGGCAUCUCCCCUCCUGGACUGCAUCAACAGGCAAGCCUGUGGCUUGAGACCUUGUCCUUACUACAGCUGGGGCCACGCAGUUCCCCCACUGUCUGUCACACCACCAACAAGGGAAACAGGCCUUGCAGCAUCUUAUUAUCAAUAUCCAAUCGACUCCUGCAAUCACGAGAGAAAUGUCCAAGACAAUCAGCCACCGUUACACUGUACACAAGGUUUCUGCAGCAACUUGUUGCAGGCAGUAACAUGAUCUGCAGCCAGUCCAGCACCUCUGCCAACAAGCAGCUCACUGAUGGGGUAGAUCUGCAGUAUCUGAUGUCUUUGGAGUCCAGCAUUAUCUUGUGAUCAUUAAGAAAAAGAUAAUUAACAAAGAAAAAAACACCUUUGGUUGGCCCCUGAGAGGCUGCUGCAUCCAAACAUUCCACCAUCUUACCGGAAAUAAUGCCUCUUUUGCUGAAUGAUAAUUGUACUGCUAUAGCAACACUUUUGUACUGUGGUUUGCUUCUGUAUUUCCAGCUUUCCAUCUAGUACUUCUUAACAAACCUAUUUCCAUUAACGUAAUUUGAUGAUCUACUAUCUGAAAACAAAGUACUGAGACUUCCAUGAAUCAUUUUAUGGAAGUUUUGUACAUGGAGCAUAGUGCAAGUUUUUGAAUGCAUUUCAUUUGUAUAUUUGUUUGAGCUUGUGUUCAAUAUCAUUUCGUAAAUAAGGAAUUUUAUGUGAUGCAAAUUCUUCUAAAAAAGAGUGAAAUUUUUAAUCUCUAGGAAAUAUCUUUUUAAGGUCAUUUGAAUCUUGUAAAUUCUACUGUAUUUUUACAUAACGUGAAAAUUUUGUAGUUUCUGGCAUACAGGUUUGUGAAAUGUGAAGCAACUGCUCUUUGGGCUUUAUACUUUUUUUUGACAUUACUGUAGCAAAAGCACAAGCCUGUUUGCAAUGAAAAAAAAAUUUGAUGUCAAAAAAGUUUAACUCAAAGUUAAAAUGUUUGCAACUAAUAUCAAUGUACUUACUUCCAAUUUUUUUUAAAGAAAGUCUUGUAUAUUCUUCUAGAGGUUGUGUAUCGUUCAUGUUUUUUUUAUAAUCACUUAAAUAAAUCUUUAAAUUCAG